UUUUUUUUUGUUCUAGACUAGUAAUACAUUUUUAGAUUUAUAAUUUAAUGUAUAAGCAAAUUUGAAAUGCGUUUGCUAUACGUAAUGUACAAAAACGGUUGUGUUAUGUGUAGUAUAUAUCAUCAACAGUAGGGCGUUCUUUACCUAACGCCUAUUAUUUUUGUAUAACGAGAAAAAUUUAUAAAAUUGUCUAUUAAUUGAAAUUAUACCUAAACGUUUUCAAAUGGACAUUGGACUAACCGAAGCAAUGAAAAAUAUAGUUCCUAAAGGACUUCCGGCUGACAUUAAUUCCGCGUUCAGCGGUUAUGUGACUGAAAAACUGUACAUGUUGCUGCAGUUAUACCUGCAGAACAAAGGAUGGAAUAGUAUAGAACUGUUGAAAAUAUUUUCCGAAAUGAAAGAUUCCUCGGUGUUACCUAGUGCUUCCUACUUGCAGUAUGUUUUAUUUUGAUUUUAUUUUCAAAUUUGUACACUGAUUUUAUUUCUAUAACACUCAUAUUUAGAGCGUGUACUUUUUUGUCUAUAUUCUAUGUGUAAUAUAUAAUACUUUAAACAAUUGAUUUUGACCAGGGAUGUAAAAUGUUAUAAAUUGUUUUGUUUCUGUUUUUGAAAUAUCAUGACUGUUUAAUGUAAUUAAUAGUUUUUUCUUGAAAUGAAAACAAAUUUUUGGGCCUGUACCAAAAAUCAAAUUCAUAUUAAUCAUUAAUUUAAAAACAAUAAAUAAUAUUAGUAAUAAUUAUAAUAGUUUUUGAAAGUAUUAGUAACUAUAAAAACUUAAAAUAAAAAUUAACUGGGUAUAAAUCUGCAGUUCCCAAACUUUUUUAUUCAUUCCUUCUUAAAAAUAUAUACAUUUUUGCAUGCCUUCCAUGAUUGAAUAUUAUAAAAAAAUGAGUUAUUAUAGGUUUCCCUAUAUAAACAUAAAUAAUCAAAUUUAGGAACCAAUGUUGUAACUGUUACACGCAUUUCUUUUUUACAUGUAAUUAUUAAUAAAUAUUGAGUCAAUAUUUAGGUUACGGGCACUAUUAAAAAUCCUGCUUUACAUAAAUACAAAGUUGUUUUUAAUGUACGAGAAGUUUUAUUACUAAUUUCUAUAUAUUCAACUUUUUAUGAUUCCAAGUAACAAAAUCCUAGAGGUGAUGGUCUAAAGAUAUUAACAUAUUUAUUUUUUGCAUGUUCUAUGAAGUGCUCACACCUCCCAAGGCAAGCUCCCUCAACUAAUAACUUAUACAUAAUUAAUGUUAAAACUAUCAACUGCUUAGUUUUAUUUAUUUUAAGGCUAUUCUUGUUAUGUCUUGUUAGUGUUAAUUGCCAGUUAUUUUUCUUCUAAAUCAGCGAAAUUCUGUUAAUUAACCUACGAUUACUAAAUAUACAAAUUAACUGGAUAUAAUUUAUGUAUAUUAUAUACUUUUACUUCAUAAAAUUACUGAUAAUGUUUUAUUAAUAUAAAAUUCAUAUUAUAUUAUAGAAACCGGUUAUUAAAAAUUGUAAUUUUUUUUUUUUAAUAAUUUUGGAUUCUGAGUGAAGUGAGGUGAUGAAGCUUAUGGUUUUACAAUGAUGUUUAUUUAUUAAUAAAAUAAUAAAGUAAAAACAAAAUUAUUAAAAUGGUUAGUAUUCGUAAAUAAAUAUUUAAAUACAAAUUGUAUAUAUAAAAAUAAAAUAAAUAAAUGAAUCAAUGCGUUGCUUGGAUUAUGAUAAGUGUAUUAUACGAUCAGUUUUGAAUUAAAAAUUGAUCAUCAGGUAUAUCACAGUCAAAAUGUAAAUUACGCGUUUUACAUUUUACAUAAUACUCCAGGCAACACAUUGAUUCAUUUAUUUAUUUUAUUUUUAUACAUACAUUUUUAUAUUUAUUUACUGUUUAUUUUUUUCUGUAAAUAACUUUGCUACCAGAAAUAUUGCUCUAAUUUACAAGUGUAGCACUUUUUCUGAAAGAAAAUCUGACUGGGGUGGUACUUGAGAGUUAUUUUUUGAUUUUCUCAGUGGUUUUCUCAAUAUAUUAAAAAACGGGAGAAUGGAAAAAUAGGUAUAAUAUUAAGAAAAUGUUUAAUGCAUAUGUAAUUAUUUUAUCAUAGUAUGAUAUAUAUAUAUAUUGUUGACAAAGCAAUACUAUCAACUGAACUCUGUUCAGAAUUGUUUUAUUUGUUAACAAUGGUUUAUCGUUGCUUACAGAUAUGCAUUAAAUUCCCAUCUGUAUCCAAGCUUUCCAAUUUCCCAUCUACAAUAGUGGCUGCAGCCACGUGCGAAUUAUAUCUGUCUUUUAAUACGGUUUUGAUAUAACUUUUUCCUUUAUUAUUAUUUUGUUUUCUGUUUAUAAUAUUAUUUAAAAACGUUUUCCAUCCCUGGGUAAAACCUAGGAUCUACUAAAUAGUUCACUUAAACCCUGAUUGAUUAUUGUAGUUCACACUUUCAUAAACAAGGUACUUAUGAUAGAUCUUUGAAUUUUAUUACUAUUUAUUUCUUUAUUUAUACCCAAAAGUUUCAUUUUUUUUAAAAAAAAACUGACAUUUAUUACUACAAAUAUGUAUAAUAUUGAGAAUUGUAUGUUUAUAAUACUAAAUUAUUACUUUUUAUUCAUAUAAAUUGAGGCUUGAAUCAUACUACUCUACAUUUAACACUACAGAAUCUACAGUACGCGGGCAUCUAUUUUGGGAAUUUUUAUUUUGAGUUACAAUAUAAACUAUGAUAAAAGUUGUUAGGCUUUGUCAUGCACAUAUUACACAUUUUAUUUUAAUAAAUCAAUAGCCAAUUAGGUAUGGUAAAACAUUUUUAUACCUUUUUACUCUAUUUUAUUAUUAAUUUAUGUAAAGAACAAUUGAAAAAUACAUAGUAAAAUAUAAGACGUCACAGUAGCUAAGUCUGCACAAAAUAAAUAAUUAUUAAUUUUUAUAAUUAUCAUAUGCAUUUUUUAGUAAUUUAUAGUUACAAAAAGACAAUUUUAUUCAAUAUGAGUAUAUAUGAAAUUAUGUAAUUUAUAUUAUUAAAAAUUAAAAAAGUUUUCACUCAGAAAUAUGUGUUAUCAAUUUAUGCAUUACAAAAGUAUCUAAAUAAAAUACAUUUUUAUUGUAAAAAAGACAAUUUUAUUCAUAAUUGCAUAUGUUUAUUUUAUUAUUGGCUUUUUUUAAAAUAAAAGUAACAAUAACUUUGAAGUCAAAAGUUAUAAAACACAUAUAAUGUUAUAGGUACAUUGAUAUAUUAUGCUUAAAAAAAAUAGUUUACUUUUAAAUAAAAAUAAAUAUAAUGAAUUAAUGAAAAUUAGCAAAUAAUAUUAGAAAUAUCACUUAGUCGGAAUGAAUAUAACUCAAUCAAUACUUAAUAGUUCCACUUCAAAAUCUAAUGUACCUCUUUUAAUUGAAGGUUUCAUUCCCAUUGAACAUUGAGCCAUUUUAGGUGGGCAUAUAAUUCUUCUUUUGCCACCAACUUUCAUUCCAGCAAUACCAAUAUCCCAACCUUUAACAACUUCACCACGUUGAAAUACAAAACUCAAUCCAGGACCGUCCUGCAUUAAAUCAUAAACUUGACCAGUAGAUUUUACACGACUAAUGUAAUACAUUUUAACUUUAUCCCCAGGUUUUACUAUAGCACCAUCACCUAUUUGAAGUUCCUGAAUCUUAACUCCACCGCUUAACUCUAUUAAUUGUUGAUUUUGUUCAAAUUUCUGAUCGCAAGUUCUUAAUCCAGUCAAUGUUGUUAUAGGUUCAUUUUUCUUCUUGCUACUACUUUCAGUUGAACCAUAUGACAAAAUCUGAUUUGAAUUAGGUGUGUUUUGGUCUUGAGAUUUGUUUUGAUUGUUUACUCGUUUAUUUACAAUAUGCAAAAGUUCCACUUCAAACUCCAAUAAAGUGUUCCAAUGCAAUCCCCUGGGACCAUAUCCCAUUUUAAAUGGGCAUAUAAUUCUUCUUUUGCCACCAACUUGCAUUCCAGUAAUACCUAUAUCCCAACCAUCAAUAACUUCACCACGUUGAAAUACAAAACUUAAUCCAGGACCAUCUUGCAAAAAGUCAAAAACUUUACCAGUAGAUUUUACACGACUAAUGUAAUACAUUUUAACUUUAUCCCCGGGUUUUAAUAUAGCACCAUCACCAAUUUCAAUUUCCUGAAUCUUAACUCCUUUGCUUAACUCUAUUAAUUGUUGAUUGUCUAUAACUUUCUUAGUUAAAGUGUUUAAUCCAGUCAUUGAACUUGUAGGUUUAUUUUUAUCUUCGGUACUCUGUUCAACUGAACUAUUUGACAAAGGCUGUUUAACAUUGGGUGUGUUUUGAGCUAAAGGAGUCUUUUCUUUGUUUAUAAUAGUUGUUUGGUCCUUUAUUCUUUGUUUUUGUUCACUUCCAUUAAAUUGCUUAUUUGGAAUCAUCUGUGUAUUUCCUUCGCCAGUCAAAUAUAUUACGUCUUCAACAUCAUUAUCAUUGUCCAAAAUUAAAUCUUGAGCAGUAUCGUCAAGUAAAUUAUCUAAUUGGUUUUCUCUUAAUUGAUCAAUUAUUUUGUCUUCAUCAAUCUGAUUAUUUUCAUGUAAUUUAGAAGAUUUUGUAUUUUUUGGAAUAUUAUCUUCAGCUUUACGUUUACUGUCAUUAUUUAUUUCUAGGGUCUCUCUAACUGUUUCUUGUAAUUGGUCUUGUAAUUCUUGUAAUUCUUCUUGUAAUUCUUCUUGUAAUUCGUCUUGUAAUUCGUCUUGUAAUUCUUCUUGUGAUUCUUCUUGUGAUUCUUCUUGCAAUUCUUCUUGCAAUUCUUCUUCUAUAAUUUCAGUGUCUGCAAUAGGAUAUAAUUUCUCCUCUUCAUCGUAGUGUAAAUAUCCAGUCAUAUGUACUUGGGCCGACCCUGUUGUAUACAAUUUCAAUGUUGAUCCUCGUGGGAAAACAACAUCCAAUUUAACCUGUACCAAAUUUAAUGAUUCAGAAAGAUGACAAAGUAUAGAACAAGAGGUAUCUUCAGUUUCUAUGUAUACAGUAUGAAUAUCUUUCUUCUUCUUAACAGUUUGUAAAUCAAGGAUAGCCAUAGAAAGAUUAAAUGUAAAAUCCACAGUGCAAACAUAUUUUUUGCCUGGUUCCAUAAUUAAGCUCCACAUUUUGCUAGUAAUACAACUUUUAAUAAUUGAUAUAACUAUUGGUGAACCUCGUGUUCGAAUUUGCGCACAACAGUUACAAUAACAUUUGGCCUUUGGAUUUUAGCUUACGGUCUAAUACUGAACCGUCUUAGAUUAACUCGGUGAUCAACGCUGUUUAUGCCAACAGACAACCAUUUUAAUCAGUAACAGUGUCACCAUAAUACUAAUAUAAUAUUAUGAUAAUAUACUUAUUAAUAAUAAUAUUAUGAAAUCAAAUUUAUCUAUUUUAGCAUAAAAUUAUUUUGUUGGCGUACAUUUUGACAUUUUAUUUUAUUUUUACAUUUAUUACAAUAUUUACAAUCUAAUUAUAGCUACAAUAAGUAUAUAAGUAUUUAUAUCUACUUGGAAAAUUCGAGAUGAGCUAUAUCUCGUUGACACUCGUCAACAUUUUGUUAAUAAAUAACUGACACUAUUUCGGUCAACGUGAGUUUUAAAAUGUAUUAGUUUUACAAAACUGUUUAUUUUUUUUUUUAUAUGUAAACAUUUUCUACCGAAAAAUUUACUCCGAUGUAUACGAUGUAAGCCCUUUUCUGAAAGAAAAUUUUCUUGGGGUGGUACUUUAAGGAGGUAAUUUUUUGAACUUCUCAAGAGUUUUCUCAUCAAAUGUGAAAACCCGAAAAAAAUUGAGGAAAUCCAGAAAAUGUUCAAAAUAUAUUAGUAAAAUAUUACGAUUUUUUUUCUGUAGACAAGUUUUCUGCCAGCAAUUUUGUUUCAAUUUACAAUAAUAGAACUUGUUUAUUUUUGUCAUUUUUCAAUUUUCCAGGAGUUAUCUCAACAAAUGUGAAAAGCAAAACAGACGGGAAAAUGUAUGAAAUUUAGGUAUAAGUUGAAAAAUAUUUCGGACUUUUUUUCCUGUGCACCAUUUUUCUACCAGCAAUUUUUCUCCAAUUUACAAUGAUAACAAUUUUUCUGAAAGGAAAUCUGACUGGAAAGGUACUUUAAGGAAAGCAAUUUUCGAUUUUCCCAAGAGUUUUCCCAGCAAAUGUGAAAAACCGGGAAAAUCGGUUAAUAUUAAAUAAAUAUUAUUAAAGAAAAUAUAUAAUGCUUACCUAUUUAAUUAUUUUAAAAUAAUAUGACAUAUAUGUUGUUGACAAAGCCACACUAUCAACUGAACUCCGUCCAGAAUCCUUUUUUUUCGUUAGUUAUAGUUUAUCGUUGCUUACAAAUAUACAUUAAAUUCCCAUCUUUAUCCUACCUUCCCAACUUUCCACGUACAACAGUGGCUGCACCCAAGUGAGAAGUAUGUCCGUCUUUUUAUAUUACGGUUUUGUUUUAUCUUUUCUUUUAAAAAUUUUUCUGUCUCUUUGAAGGUGUUGACUCUCUUCCUAGUUUCAUUGUUAUAUUUUUAACAUUUCGAUUAUCAGUUAUAAAUAUACUAUAUAGGAAAACAAACCCAUCGUAAAUUAAUGCAUAUUUAGAUAAACAAUGAUAAACCCGCAAUGAAUUUUCUAAAAACAUUUACAAUUGGAAAAUAUUAGUGUGAACAUUAUAAAAUGAUUAGAAAUCAAAAGCAAUAAAUCAGAGAAAUACGAUAAAUAUGUACACGGUAUUCUAUUGUGUUUAUUGGAUUUUUCACGGUUGUUAAUAUUCAAUUAAGUUUUAAUUUUUUCUUUGAAGGAGACAUCAAUUUAGAGAAAAAUUAAAUUUUUAUUUCAUCCUAAUUUUACUAACAAGACAAAUUAUGUUUUAUUAUGUUUUUAUUUAUAAAUUUUAUAUUUUUAUAACAUUUGUAAAAAAUUUGAAUGUAUCAUAAAUUGAUAUUCAAUCAAUGUGUUCUAGUUGCAGACGUUUUAAUUUAUAACAGUUUCAAUUUAUUACAUAAUGUAUCAUAAAGUUAUCUUUAUCGCGUUAUGUGGUAGUAUCGUUUUUACACUUUUCUCUAGGAAUUAAAACUGCAUGAAAUUAUUGAUAAAAUAUGAAUGUAUGUAUUAAAAUUACAUCCGAUGUGUUACAUACCUAUUUUUAUUUUAUUACCUAACUAAAAUAAGUGACUGAAGUGAUAAUUAAAUUUAGUACAAAUUUGCUAAUUGAGUUUAAUGGUUAUACAACAUGAAAAGAGUGUAAAAAUAUGAUUUAGUAGAAAUGCACAAAAUUUAGUACGAUUAAACAGAUUUUAUUAAUAAAUCGAACAAUUGUUAUCAGCCUCUAAACUCAGUUAAAAAAUCAUAUAAAUGAAAGCGUUUAUAUACUGGUGAGAAUGGACCUAAUUGUUAUGCACUGUUAUCUACAUCAAGUAGAUAACUGUGGUAUUAUGCAUAUUUUCCUUUUGGUCUCAGUUGAAAAACGGAGAUUAAUAUUUAUAAAUCAAAAAUUGAUACUUAUUUAUAGUGUAAAUAUGGAAUAAGAGUAACAUUUUGAAAAUAUUGUUAUUAAGAUACACAUAUAGUAUAAGAUAUAUGUUAUGUUCUUUUCCAGAAUGAUGGCUUCAAGAGUUUCAUUAGAUAGUCAAGCAAGAUUAAUCCUUAGGGAGAACGGUAAAAUUAUAUUACCUUAUGAACAUUUUGCAAAUGCGGUGAUGUUAAAGCAUAUGAAUGGUCCACAUGGAUUACAUUUAGGUGUUGAAGGAACUGUUAGAGCGGUAAUAAAUAUGUUAUAUGUAUACCUAAAAAUAUUUAUUUAUAAGUUAAUAAAACAAUAAAUAACAAAUAAUUUGUUUAAUUUUUUACAAAACGAUUUGUAGGUUAUGGAUUCAUAUACAAUUGGCCGUGAAAAUUUUGGUAUGGAAAAGGAGUUUAUUAUUGAAGUUGUACAAAAUUGUCCAAAUCCAGCAUGUCGUUAUUACAAAACUCAUUUAGAUUUAUCUCAACAUACCAAACAGUCUAAUUACAUGAACUCUUCAAACUCUGGUAAUUUAAUUCAUUUUCAAUUAGUUUUAUCAUACAACAACAUUAUUCUAUAUUUGUAUAAAUUUUUUUUUAUAGGUGUUAGUAUACCAGUUGGUCGAGAAAGUCCAAGUAUCUCAAUGAGUCAAAUGAUUAGUCAGCAAUUAAGUGUUCAUGGCUUAGCUCCUUCAAGUGCUCAAUCACAAACAUCCCAUUUAGCACCCGUUGAUCUAACUGGACCAUCACCCCUUCAAGUCCCUGAAAUCCAGAAUCCCAUGCCUAUUCAUGUACCACAAGUUCCAAAAACUGUUAGUGCUAGACAAGCACAGCACAAUAAAUUGGCUGAUUUUUUGAAAGCAAAUCUGGAAAAUCUAGAUAAUAAAGAUUUAUUGGCUGCUCAUGACACAACUUGGCCUGAAGUUUCAGAUAAUCGUAAAGGUCACAUAGAUGGUAAGAAUUUUAUAAUAAUUAAUGAUAUUAAUUAUAUACAUGUUAACCAUUACUAUGGCUUAUAUUUAAAAUACUUUAAAUAUUUCUGGGGAAAUAUUUUUGCUUAAUAAUUAAUAAAUAAUAAACUUAACUAUUAAUAGAUAUGACUAUCAAUAUUUUUUUAUUAUUUUUAGUUGGUUUAUCUUGUUUUUAUUUUUUUCUAGUUACUUAGGACUUAUGAAAAAAUAAGCAAAUUUAAAAUUUAUAUAAACGAAUAAUUAUUUUAUAAUUUGCAUGAUCUUAAAUGUUCAUAUAUAAACACUAAACUACUUAGUAGUUAAAUAGAAUAAUAUUCUAGGAGUAAAUAAUUAAUAUAAAAACAUAAAAAUUUAUGUAGAAAAUAAUUUUUAUUGAUGGGCUUUAAAAUUUAGAUAUUAAGAAAUUACUCUUCCAAAAAUAUGAUAUAAAGAAUUAUCUUUAAUAAAAUAUUAUUUUCAAAACUAAGAUAAUUUUGGAGCAAAAAUGUAAAUAUAUUUGUGAGAAAUGAAUAUUUUUAAACAUUUAAAAACUGUAAAAACCAUUCAAGACCAAUAUUCUAGAAUAUAUUUUUUGGUUAACGUAAUAUAAAUCAUACAUUAUACUAUAAAUUAAUCACAGUUUGCUGCAAUCUCAAAUGCUUUUAAACAUUUAAAAAUUAUCAUCACUUACUGCAGGGAAAUAUUUACAUUUUUACUUCAAAAUUAUCUAAAUAUUGAAUAUUGGUCGUAAUUUGUUUAAUGAAUUUCUUUUUUAUUUGCAUUUUAAUAAAAUAAACUUCUAUUAGACAUUUGUUUAAUUGUAAUUAAUUUGUAUAUUUAAGAAAUGUAGUAUAGUUAUUGAUGUAAUUCUUAAAUAAACCUUGUAACAAUAAUAUGAAUUAAUUUUAUUUUUUUAGCUGGACAGGAAAAAAUUAUCAGAGCAUUUUCAGAAAUUAUGAAAAAUAUGAAUAGAAUGAAAGCGUGUGUAAGACCAGCCAUGUGUAAGCCUUACGGAAAACAGUCUGAAUCAUUACAAAAAAGUAAAGUUCAUAUUUUUUUUUUUUUUUUAUAUAUUAAUAUUUUUUCUACCAGAUAGCUUACUCCAAUGUAUAUGAUUUAGACCCUUUUCUGAAAGGAAAUUUUCUUGUGGUGGUACUUUAGGGAGGUCGUUUUUCGAUUUUCUUAGAAGUUUUGAUCAAAUGUGAAAAACCAAAAUAAAAACGAAAAAUGUAUAAAAUAUAUUAGGAAAAUAUUAAGAUUUUUUUUCUGUGGGCCACUUUUCUAUCAGCAAUUUUGUUCCGAUUUACAGUGGUAGCACUUUUUCUAAUAGUAAAUCUGACUGGUGAGGUACUAUAGAGAGGUAAUUUUUCAAUUUUCCCAAGAGUUUUCCCAGCAAAUGUGAAAAUAGUUAAAUUCGUUCAAUGUUUAUAAACUUUGAACAAAGUAACUAAAAUAACUUUUUAUAGAAAAUUUUAGGCUUUGGUAAAUAAAUUAUAAUAAAUACCAAAACAAUGCUACUUAAGAAAUACAUAUAAUCGCAUCAGGUAAACUAAAGGUUUUAACAUUAUCUAUCUUGAUUUGGAUGUUACAGCCCAUGGACAAUACAUUAGGAACAGUUUCAGUUAACAUCUAGAUUCAACCUAAGUUAAUAGAAUAGCUUCAUAUUUUAUCUUAAUGUAUAUGAUACAGCUAGUUAAAAAAAAAAAUACAAUUCAAUUUCUUAAUUUUCAAUUCUGAUGUUUCAAAUAAUAAUUGAUUAUUCAUUUAGUCUUUUAUGUAAUUACUAGUUUUUAUGGACUAUAUGUAAAUAUGUAUUUUAUUAAUUUUUCUUAAUUUUAAUAAUUAUUUUUAGCAUUGAUUGAUACAAUCCAACUAGUUCAGUCAUUAAGAUCAUUUCUUCCUCCUCCACACAUUGCAGUUAGUAGUUGGAAAAAUGAAGAUAAACACGGGUAACAUUUAAAAUUUUUUUUAUUAUUCAAUAAAUUCAAAAUGUAAUAUUAAAUAUAAAUCUAUAUUUUUUAGAUUAAGAAAAACCGUUUUGGAUAACUCUAAUCAAACGGUUUCAGCGGCCAAUUUUAAAGAUCUCUGUGAUGCAAUGUCUCGUAACAAGCAAAAUUAAGAGCUUGUUAAAGUUAAAAUUAAGAGGAUGUCAGAGUGAUCUUAUUUAAACAUAAAAAUCUUUUUUUAAACACAAAAAUCUUUUUAAACAUUUUUUUUAUAUUGAAAUGAGUAUGAUUGUAAUGACAUGGGGCAAUUUUUUAAAUUUAUUUCAAAGUGAAUUUGAAUAUAUUUGAGUUAAUCAAUAAAAAAUUUUUUUAACUUUUCGUUAAAAUAGUCUAAUACUCUCCUCUUAAAUAUUGGUGUGACAUCCUCUUAAUUUACAAAAAGUAAAAAAAAAUCAACUUUUUCUUAAACUUUCAAAAAUUACAUUGCUUUUAUUUUUUAAGUCUAGUCAAAACUCCCUAGUUUCUCCAAAAUGCAUGGGAAAAUAUAUUGUUUACUUGGAGGGAUCUUACCAUUUUGUUUAAAUUAAAUAUAUUUAUGUCUCCUCAUGAGUGUCUUCUAGUUUGAUGUUUUUAUCUAUAUUUAUUAAUUUAUUUUGAAAAUAAUUUUUAAUUUAAUAUCUUCUUCAAUUAGUAAAAUUUAAUAUUUAUUAUAAACUUUACAGCUGUAUAUGCACAUUUUGCAAAUCAAAAAUCUAUGCGUUGCCAAAUGUACAAUAUGUUUUGUUUAAUUUCAUAACAUUUCAUGCCAUAAUAGUAAUUUAAGUAUAUAUUAAAUAAUUCAUUAUAUUUUCUUUACAAUUAUUUGAUGUAAUAAUUGCAUCAUAAUUAUUGUAAGUAGGCAAACAUCUAUAAGUAAUAUGUUGGCUAUUUAUUCUUAUUGGUAAUAAUAUAUUUUAUCAAAUUAUUGCCAAAAUAAGCAACUUGUAAGCACUCGCAUUCAUCAAAUCUUAAAUAAUUUUUUCCAGUUUUCAUGAAGUAAAAUCAGAAGUUCAAUGUUAAAAAAUGGUUUUAUACAUUUUAACAUGUAUACAAAUAUUAAAAUGUUUAUUUAACACUGAAUAUUAUCGCAUUUAGAUUUUAUUAUGAUUAAUUUCUACAAAAACCUGUCAUAAUAAAAACUAAAAAAUACUAAUUUGUUUUGAUUACUGUUACAAUUUACCUUACUUGAUUAUUUUGUAUAUCACUAUUUUUUUGGGUUUAUUCAGCCUAGGGUCAUAAAUUUCAAAACCAUUUCACAAUAUAGCUCAAUUCGAAAAGAUCAAUCUUCAAAACGUUACCAUUCUCUUUAACUACAUCAUCCUAUCUCGUUUUCCAAACCACCUUUGUCUAUCGGUUUUUGUACCAACUUUUCCCACAGCUGAAUCAGGUUUUGACUCUUCUGUGCAUGUUCAUUGGCCAGCUCAUUAUAGUCUUCCUUUAUUUAUCUUUUUUUUUUUAUUAUUAUUUAUAUUUUAAGAAUUAAUUUCACAUCAAGCAAAAUGUUAUUCAUGGUUUUGUAUUAGGUAAAAGCCUAUCAUAUUAUUUUUUAAAUUGUUAAUUCAAAUUUAUACUCUUAUUAUAGUUUCAUGCAACAUUAAAAUAUGGAAUGCAAUUGCUUACAGGUUAAAAACAAAAUUUUAAUAUUAUUUUAUUUGCUGUAUGUACUGAUCUAUAAUUUUUUUUGAAUAUUUUGUUUAGUAUGAUUUUUUUUUUAUAUAUAUUUUGUUAAUGACUUUGUUAUUUAUUUUAUUAUUGUGGUUAAAUGUAUUCUUAAAACAACUCUCUUAAAAUUUAAACUCAACUGUGUGUGAUUUAACUGUCAACUCUAACUUAAUGUCUUUUUAGACAAUGUUAAAGAGCUAUUUAUCACAUCACUUAUUUAACAUUUAUACUUACCUAAAUAUGUCAUACUAGUCAAUAAUAACAUCUUUUAUCUAAACAAUGAUCUUUAAAUAGUAAUAGAAUGUUAAAUGAUAUUUAAGUAUUCAAAUAUGCAAAUUUUACAAAAUCACUCAAGAUUAAUGUAAUUUAUGAUUUAUUUUUUAUUUGUAUGUUAAUUUUAUUUAAACAUAUUAUUAUGAAUAGCUAAAUGUUCCAACAUUAUUUGUGUAAGUCCUAAUUAUAAUCAAAUAUCUGAUAAAAGGUUUUAUUUGCAGUAAGUGUCGAUUGCAUUUAAUGGCUUGCAUUUUCAGCUUAUUUAUAACAUAUAUAAUAAUUAUAAACAUAUUUUCCUUCAUUUAUGUCACUGUACUAAAAUAAUUAACUAUUUUUUCCUUUGCUUCAUUUGUAUUAUCCCUUUAUGUAGUAACAAAAUAAUGAUCUCGUGGAUUUUAAAUGACCAGCAUAAAGACUAUUUUAUUUUCAAUACAAAUUUGUACGUAUUUAUAAAGAGUAGAAACAUGAUAUUUGUGAGUGUGUUGUUUUUUUUUUAUGUUUAAUUUGACAUUACUUCUGAUUCAUAUUUUAAAAAAAAGAAAAUAGAUUUUUGUUUGAAAAUGUAAUGUCAUUGCUUUUAUUUUAUUAAGUAUGGUAAUAUUUAUUUUGAAUUUUUUAAAAAAAAAACAUAUCUGUGAUCUUUCCUAUUUCAAUAUUUUUGUUCUACCAAAAUCAAUAUUAAUUACUAAUAUAUCGUUUUUACAAUUUUACUUCCUAUUUGUAUAAAAUCCAUAUUAUUAUUACUUACCUGUAAAAUUGUUACAUAAUUUUAUAAUAAUAUGUAUUUACGGCUUGUAAAUUAUGAAUUUUAUAUACUUUAGGAAACAGAAAAAAAUAUAGGUAUAUUCUAUAAAAAUAGUGUUUUUAUUGUAAUAAUAUUGAUCAUAAAAAAAAAAAUUUCAAAAUAAAAUUAAUAUUGUACAAUAUGUACCUAAUGAACUGGACAGUUUGUAUUGUUUUAUUGAUGAACAUUAUUCGCUUUAUGAUGAUGAAAAUUAUGUAUACAGUGGACGACUUUGGGAAUAAAAACCAUGGCUAUUUAUUGCACUCGUUUUGUGGUACAUGAACAGUGGGUCUGACCACUUUUUGAUUCUGGACGGACAGUAUGAAAACGGCAUCGUCCAGCCAAUAGUAGUCCUGGACCAGAUCGCCCUCACACAGGUAUGGUAGUCUGGUCCAGCAGAGCACAUUGAAGCCAAAUGGUUCAAACACAUCCCGGAUUACUGAACACACCUGUUGCUCAAAUGUUUUUCCUGCGAUCAGCAGCUUACCUUCCGGUACAGCGGACCCUGUAUAAAUAAAUUUUGUAUAUU